AUGUCGGUAGUCGCUCAACUGCCUAAAGCAGAUGGCGGUGCAGCUGGGAAAGUUGCAUACAUCGAUACAGAAGGUACAUUCCGGCCGGAACGGAUUGCACAAAUUGCUGAACGGUUCGGCAUGGACCCAGAUGCUGCGCAGGAGAAUAUUUCCUAUGCGCGCGCACUGAACAGUGAGCACCAGCUUGAGUUGCUGAAUACUCUUUCUCAGGCCUUUGCUGGUGGAGAGUAUCGACUGCUGGUCAUUGAUAGUAUCAUGAACUGCUUCCGGGUUGAUUACUGUGGGCGUGGAGAGUUGGCGGAUCGACAGCAGAAGUUGAAUCAAUUUCUGAUGAAGCUGGCGCAUAUGGCGGAAGGUGGGAUAUGA